AUGUCCGCCAAGCAGGUGCGCCGCGCGAACGUUCGAUCCCCGCUCCCGAAACCGCCGACCCACCCGUCGGUCGGCACCGACGACGUUCACGCUAACAACCGAUUGCCCCCGCAUUUCCCAACCCCGAAGGCCGCGAGGGUGUUCCUGGAGCGUAGCCCGUACGUGUCGUGGCGAGCGCAGAGGCCGGUGUUCGCGCACCCCGCGUUCAACGGCGUGAUCCACCCCGACCUGCCCGUCUGGGCCGGCGAACCCGGCAUCCCCGAGCCCGCCGUCGGGUCAGACGCGGCGACGCCGAGGAUAUCGCGACUCGCCAAGACGGAGGUGGACAUCCUGCCGGAUUUCCACGUCCAGACCGUCGCGGCGUCGAGGUGCAGGUCCGCCGCGGAGGCGAGGCAGCGCAUCGCCGCGGCGUCCGACGCGGGCGCCAGCGCCAUACUCAUGGUCACCGGCGACGCGCCCGACGCCGCGAGGGGGGCCCGGACGACUCGCUCGGCGUGGGACUCGACAAAGUUGCUGAGGGAAGCGUUCGCCAUGCGCGAACGGGGCGAGGUUCACGAGGACGUGACGCUGGCGUGCGUCGCCAACCCCUCGCUCGAGGGCGCCGCCAGGGACCCGACCGCGCGGUUGCGCGCCAAGCUGGACGCCGGCGCCGAGAUGGUGGUGACUCAACCCGCACAGCUGGCGCCGGCCGUGCACCGCGCGUGGUGGGACGCGGUGCGAUCGGAAUCGCUCCAUCGCGAGUGCGACGUCGUCUUUGGCGUGACGUACCUCGCGAGUCACCGAUCGGUUCGGCGUUGGCAGAGGCUCUGCGGCUUGUCGGGCGAUGCGAGUAGCGACGCGACGGAGGAGGCGGAGGAGACCGCGCGGUUGUGGGAGGAGAUGGAGCGGAGCAUGGACGCGACGACGUUUGAAAGAUGGCGCGACGAGCGGUUGGAUCUCGCCGUCGCCGCCGCCCUCGCCGACGUCGACGCGAGGGGCGUGCACGUGAUGCCGGUGACGGAGGAAGGGUACGCGGGGGUGGGACGGGUCGCGGACGCCAUCGGGGCGCUGGCGGCGCGGGCCCGGUGA